AUCACUCGUUUGCACAAAUUCCCGCUUGGAUCCAUUCUUAUUUUUUGGCCAUGCGCGUGGGCUUUGGCAAUGGCUGCGUAUUCGGUAGAUCUACCUCUCAAGAGCAUCAUGACUCAACUCUCUAUGUAUGCUAUUGGAAGUACACUCCUUCAUAGUGCAGCAUGCGUUAUCAAUGACAUAUGCGACGUCGACUUUGACCGUCAAGUUGAGCGAACAAAAUCGAGACCACUCCCGGCAGGCAUCAUAUCGAUACGGGAAGCUACCACCUUUCUCAUUGUCCUCACCGUGGCUGCUACCUCUAUGUUGCUAUUGACGAGUCCAACUGCAGGUCUGGUUGGGUUGUUGGGCAUCUUCCCGUUGCAUGCGCUGUACCCCUUGAUGAAGCGUUGGACUUGGUGGCCCCAGGCAUGGUUAGGACUCGCUAUGAACUGGGGCUACCCGGUAGCAUGGUUGUCUAUCACCACCCUGAACCUGCCAGUCGUAGCUACUUUCUUCUGCGGCACAAUAUGUUGGUCUAUCUUCUAUGACACGAUAUACGCAUGCCAAGACAGAGAAGAUGAUGUCAAGGCUGGAGUUGGGUCCACAGCUGUUCUAUUUGGCUCAUGGAUACGUCCCAUUCUGACUGGCUUUGCUACCACCUUCAUUGCUUGCGUGGUGUACGCGGGGAUGCUGAAUGGGCAAGGCUUAGCGUACUACGUUGUCUCAUGUGGUGGGGGAGCGAUUCACAUGUGUUGGCAACUACUGAGCUGGGAUAUGAAACUCCCGAGUUCAUGUCUUGCCAAGUUCCGGUCGAAUGGAGAUUUGGGGUAUAUCUUGUUGGCCGGCAUGCUAUUGGAUUGUUAUAUCCGCAGACAGUGAGGUACUCACACGAUGAGCUUCAUCUGUGUUCGUGAUGACAGAGGGGUGUUCAGGGAUUGCUCUAUACGUAUCAUUUGUAGGAGAGGACCGUUUCAGUUAGACUGCUCUCGCCACAAGCCGAGUCUGCCCCCCGCUUGUCUUGCACCGGCUUGUAUAUUUAUAACUCCCAUGACUUCCUUCACGUUACAGCAUGCUCUCUUGGAUUUCACGACUUUCUCCACUUGACUUUACAUAUUCUCCUCUAUAUUAUUAUGUCACACCAAUAUUAGAAAUUUUGUAAAAAAAAAAAAGAAA